GGUGUGUGGCGUGUAGGUGGCCUCUCUCGACCAGCCUACGGACAACAAGCGGGAGGAGCGUUACAGGCGGAACGGCGGCGUGUGCGAAGCACCAGCCGGCACCGAUCUGCGGGGACAGCAACUUCUUGCUCGGCUUGUUUGGGAUGGGGAGCAGCGAAGGGGGGCGUUCGGCUGCGGCCGUGUCUUCGGCCGACCGCAUCCGCAGGUGGAGGGUGCCAGAGUUCGUCGGCGUGGUGGUGGGACUAGCCGUUGUUUCGCUCGUGCAGGCCUGCUUUUCCGAGUACGAGCAAUUCGUACCCGAGAACAACAAGGAGGGCAUCAACGGGUUCCCAGUUGGCCUUGGAGCAGAGUGGUGUACGGCGAGCGACCUGUCGUCAUGUGCAAUCCAGUCCGAAAGCGGAUGUUGCAAAGGGAUGCAGGCGGGAAAAUCGCCGCAUGAAACCGUCGACGAGUUUCAGCUUUGGUUUGUCUACUUCGUGAUCCCGGCCGCCUUCGUCGCGGUGCGCCAGGUCCUCGCCAAACUCGGGCUGUACAGAGGAGCGGCGAGCCUGGCCGACGUGAUCCUCGGCCUCGUGUUCUGCCUGGGGCUUUCUGUUACUCUCACGGACGCCAUCAAGUUCAUGGUCGGGAGGCCUCGCCCAAAUUACGCCGCCCUUAGGGCUCUGGUGGAGCACGGCGGGAGCAACGUGAUGUCUUUAAAGGCCAAGAGCAUCAGAAGCUUCCCCUCUGGCCAUUCUUCCAUGUCGAUGGCGGGAAUGUUCUACGUUACGCUCGUUUGCUGGGGCGACCUCUCUCGCUUUGCGGCGGAAAACAAGAGCUGGAGAAGAUCCCUCCUGGCGUACCUGUCUAUCUGUCCCAUCUUGAUCUCGAUCUAUGUGGGCGUCAGCCGCAUCCGCGACUUCUGGCACUUCCAGGACGACGUGGUUGCUGGCUGGGCCCUCGGCGCUGCCAGCGCCGCCUUGGCGGUGAGGUGGGUAACCUUUUCCGAGGCGUUUUGGACGGGGGGGAAGACCGACCGCUACGGAGUCGUGGCGGCCGACGACGGGCUGUUGCAGCAUAAAGGUGACAACGGGGGUGGCAUGCAGCUCAUUAUGGGGGUUAGGGACUACGACAGCGGCAGCGAUGAUGGGGAAGGCGGAGGGACCGCGGUGGUUGGUGGCGCUACCGGCGACGCCUUGGCAUAG